UGAGGGGACCUCCCAGCACCUCCCUCUUGGACUUUCUAGCCUCCAGAACUGAGAAGGUCCCAUUCUGUAUCCAUUACUGAGCCUCGGGUAUCAUGGCCCAGCAACAGGAGGGGAUCGGACCCCCAAAGCCGGAUUCAAGAUGUCUUCCUGGUGUGCGUUUCAGGGGUGCUGUGACAAAAAGCCCAACUGCCCUCACUUUCAGAGCUCCCUGGGGCCCCAGACUCUGGAAACCUCUGCAGGAGAACAAAGAUGACUCCAGGGAGCAACGGGCUUGGAUCAUGUUACCGGGGGCUGGGGCGGCGUGAUAAGUGACAGCCCAGGCCCCUGUGCUCUCUGCCGCCACCGUCCACAGUUGAUGUUGUCCCCUGUGUGUCAUGGGGCUUAGGUCCUCAUCAAACCAAGAGGCCUCAUGAGAGCAGGAACCCAGGCUCCUGGAAGCCCAGGAGUGCCGGGCCUGUGCUUCUGGUGGCUACUGAGGGUGCUGGUCUCCUCUGCUCAGGCUGCCAGCGCCGAACACCGCAGACCCGGUGCCUUCUGCAAAAGCUAUUUUCUCACCAUUCUGGGGGCUGAAUGCGCCAGAUCAAGGUCUGGCGGGCUGGCCUCUCUCUCUUGCAAGAGAGCUGCCUUCUCUGUGUGCCUCCUGGGCCCCUUGUUACCAGGACACACGUCCCGUCGGCCUCAUUUGUCCUCCACGGCGUCUCGUCUUCAGUGUGUUGGGGUUAGGGCUUCAGGGUCAACCCCUGGUGCACAGAGUUCAGUCCAUGGUGCCUGCUUUAGACUUCUGAUUUUUCUCCUGGUUAAUUAGCAUGUUUUCCAGCAGUUCGGUGGUUCUACAAGAAUAGAAUUACUGACUAACUCGGCAAUUCUCCUAGGUAUAUGUGCAAAAGGGUUAAAGAUGGGUAUUGAAACAAGAAAAUGUGAGAGUGUACGUUGGCAGCAUGAGUCACAAUUCCCAGAAGAUAGGCACAACCAGAUGUCCCCUGUGGAGGAUGCCCAGGGGCUCACGAUGGAGCACGCCAUGCUGCGAGACCUGGAGGAGUCCUUGCAGAAAGAGGCAGGAGAGGAGGAGGAUGGGAAGCCCAGCGUUCUCGAGCCUAAGCCUGCUUCAGCCUGGACAAGUACAUUUUGGCCUGAAGACAGUGACAUUUUCUACGACGUCACCCAGAGAAACCAGAGGCUGAUACCAUUCUUGAGUCCACUUAUGGGCCCUGAGGCCAGGCCGCGCACAGUGGUGCUGCACGGUGCUGCAGGCGUUGGGAAGACCACGCAGGCCAAGAGGACUUUGCUGGACUGGUCGGAGUUCAGUCAGAGUCCUCUGCACUGCGCCUUCUACCUCAGCUGCAGGGAGCUCAACCGCAUGAUCCCAUGCACCUUCGCAGAGCUGAUCUGCAGGAACUGCCCCGAGAUGCAGGACGUCGCCCUGGAGGUCCUGACCCGAGCAGAGAACGUCCUGUUUGUGGUGGAUGGCUUCGAGGAGCUGAAGGUGCCGGCGGGGGUGCUGAUCCAUGACAUCUGUAGUGACUGGAACCAGAAGAAGCCGGUGCCCGUCCUGCUGAGCAGCUUGCUGAAGAGGAAGAUGGUGGCCAAGGCCACCCUGCUGGUCACCACGCGGCGCGAGGCCCUGCGGGAGCUUCUGCUCCUUGUGGAACAGCCGCUGCUGGUGGAGGUGGAGGGCUUCUCGGAGGCUGACAGGGAGCGGUUCUUCCUGAGACACUUUGAGGACACAGACCAGGCACUGCGAGCUCUGGACACCGUAAAGCACAGCCCAGCCCUGCUCCACCUGGGCACUGCGCCCGCCGUGUGCCAGCUGCUCUGCGCAACUCUGAAGCUCCUGAUGGACGGUGGAGAGGACCCUGGCUUGGCUUGCCAGACCACCACAUCACUGUUCCUGAGGUUCCUCUGUGACCAGUUCACGCCAGCGCCCGGCGGCCAUCCCCACCUGCGACGCCCUCUGAAGGCCCUGUGUCUCCUGGCUGCCCAGGGCCUGUGGACCCGGGUAUCCCUGUUCGACACAGAAGACCUGGAGCCACUUGAGGUGGAAGAGGCCGACCUCCGUCCCUUCCUGGACAGGCAUGUCCUCCAGAGGGACAGGGACCACGAGGACUGCUUCUCCUUCAUCCACCUCAGCAUGCAGCAGUUCCUGGCGGCCGCCUUCUACAUCCUGCGGUUCCCCGGGGACAGCGAGUGGCAGGGCUCCAGGUUGGACAUCAGGGGUGUGCGGGAGCUAUUCUCCACGGAGGUCAGAGCAAGGAAUCCCCAGCUGGCCCAGGCCGGCCGCUUCCUGUGGGGCCUCCUGAACGGGGCCAGGGCGAGGGAGCUGGAGGCCACUUUCGGCUGCCAAGUGUCCUCGGAGGCCGGGCAGGAGCUGCUGAAGCACACGUCGGAGGAGGAGGAGCCCAUGCUGUGGGCAGUGGGCCUUCUGGAGGUCUUCCACUGCCUCUACGAGUCUCAGGACCCAGAGCUGGUGAGCAAAGCCACGGCCGCUCUGAAGGACGCAUCCCUGCACCUGACCACCAGCCAGGACCUCCUGAGCUGCUCCUUCUGCCUCCGGCACUGCCAGGACCUGCAGAGGCUCUCGCUGCGGGUGGCCAAGGGGGUGCUCCCGGAGGAGGAGGUGGCGCUGGAGCUGGAUGCUCUGGACGGAAGGUUCCAGAGUCAUCAGAACCUACAUCUUCCCUGGAGCGAGCUCUGCUCUGUGUUCAGCUCCAACAAGAGCCUGGUCUUCCUGGACAUCAGCCACAGCUUCCUGAGCAGCCAAUUUGUGAGCACGCUCUGUGACCAGCUGGCCUCUGCAAACUGCUGUCUCCAGAAAGUGGUCCUCAAAAACAUUUUCCCCGAUGGUGCUUAUCAGAACCUCUGCCUGGCUUUGGGAGGACACAAGACCCUGACACAUCUGAUCCUCGAAGGCAGUGAGCUGGACGGUGUGCUUUCCUCGUUGCGUCAGGUUUUGAGUCACUGGAGAUGCAAGCUGCAAUGUCUCAGGAAGUUGAUACCCAAAUUGGAGGCCCAUAGGAGGCCGCGCAAGCCCAGCCUCCUGUCCCUCCGGAGGCACCUGACCUUGCGCCUGGCUCCCCCGCUCGGCUGCUGGGAAGACUGGGUGUGGGGUGCUCUGCUCACUGGCCUUUCCUGUGACUCCUGCAGGUUGGAGAACUGUCAACUCACGGAAGCCUGUUGCAAGGAAGUGUCUGUCACUCUGGUCGUCAGCCAGAGGCUGACACACCUGUGCCUGGCCAAGAACGACCUCGGGGACAAUGGGGUGGAGACCCUGUGUGAGGGCUUGCGCUACCCCGAGUGCCGGCUGCAGACGCUGGUGCUGUGGUGCUGCAGCAUCACCAGCGAGGGCUGUGGCCACCUCUCCACGGUCCUCCGCCAAGGGUCCAGACUGACACAGCUGGACCUGGGGCUGAACCACAUUGGGGUCACCGGCCUGAAGGUGCUCUGUGAGGCUCUGAAGGCACCGUGGUGCGGCCUGCAGCACCUGUGGCUAUGGGGCUGCUCCCUGACCCCCUUCAGCUGCCAGGACCUCUCCUCCGCCCUCAUCUGCAAUCGCAGCCUGGUCACCCUGGACCUGGGCCAGAACUCCCUGGGCUUCCACGGAGUCAAGAUGCUGUGUGACGCCUUGAGACUUCAGAACUGCCCCCUGCAGACGCUCAGGUUGAAAAUAGACGAAUCCGACAACGACAUCCAGAAUCUCCUGAGAGAGAUCAAAGAGAGCAACCCGCAGCUGGCCAUCGACAGCAGCCGCUGCAACCCCCAGAGACACAGACCCUCGGCUCAUGACUUCCUUUUCUGAACCUCCCUGCGCCCCAGAUCCCCCUUCCAGAGUCACGGUCCUCAGGCUGUCGGGUGCCUCCCGCGAGCCUCCUGGGUGAUGGGCAGCGGCUGGGCUGGGCGACCCUGCGGCCCUCGCCUGCUCUGGUGUACACGAGCAUGC